GAUGUGGGAAACGCACUGGUAUAUGGGUUGUGCGAAGACCUUCACAUUUCGGACGUGCAAUACUCCACGGCCCUGACCAUGUUCUGCAUCACAUAUAUUGUGUUCGAGAUCCCGUGUAAUGUUUUACUGAAAAGGUGGACGCCGCGUGUUUGGCUUUCUAUAUGUAUGCUCGUGUUUGGGCUAGCCACGCUUGCGACGGGAUUCGUUCAAAACUAUGGAGGUUUGCUGGGACUGCGCUCAGUUCUGGGAAUGACAGAAGCAGGAAUCAUGCCUGGCUGUGCAUAUCUCAUGAGUGCCUGGUACACGAGGCAGGAGGCUCAACGGCGCUUUUCAUUCUACCUCAGCGCGAUGAACCUAUCCAGUGGGUUUGGUGGAUUGAUCGCAGCUCCCAUCGGUAAUAUGGACGGAGCAGGCGGUCUAUCCGGGUGGCGAUGGAUUUUCAUUGUGGAGGGAGCGGCGACCUGCCUCAUCUCACUAUCGCUCUUCUUCCUCCUAGCCAAUUUCCCAGAACAGGUAUCCUGGCUCACGGAGGAGGAACGGGGGUUUGUCAAGGCACGACUAAAGGCUGAGCAGGGGAGUUCGGCCAUCGAGCUUAGCAUUCGACCGUUUGAUGUUUGGCAAACGUUAUGCGAUCCCAAAGUCAUCUUUGCUGCGAUGAUCCAUCUCUCAACCUCGGUGCCAGGGUAUAUGGGGGCGUAUUUUGCUCCCGUCAUUGUUGAGAGCUUGGGGGUGUUUUCACCGAUUGAGACGCAGUUGCACACGGUUCCUAUCUGGGCUGUCACUUUUGGCUUGGCCCUAAUUGUGGCUUAUAUUUCGGAUCUCAUCAGGCAUCGAUAUGCUAUGGCUGUCUUUUGUGCCGCAGUUUCCAUCGUCGGGUAUUCGAUCUUGUUCAGCGUGCACGAGGACAAUGUGAAUGUGCGGUACGGGGCCUUGUUCAUGGCCAUUGCAGGGGCGGCGAUUCUCAUGCCCGGUAUAACUAGGUAUUAUUCUGCUAUCAGUAUCACACAACUAACGGGGCGCAGUGGAAAUAUGCUGGAACACAAUGAACUUAGGAGGUCAUCGUCGUCGAGCCAUUGGGAGCGCAUGGCAAGUAGGCAUUGGCAAUGUUGGCGGCAUCAUUGGAUCCUAUGCCUUUCGCAAGCAGGACGCUCCAAAGUACCAAUUGUCGUACGCCAUCUGCAUUGGCUUUUCCUGUUUGGCCGCUGUAUUCUGUAGCUCGUAUGCCGGAUACUGUUGGCGAGAGAACAGGCGGCGAGCGGCACAGGGCUGGGGCAGAGAACUGAGCGAAGAGGAAAAGGCACAAAUGGGGCAUUUGAGCCCGAGCUAUCGGUUUAUGAUACGAUUAUGACAUGCUCUGAAGCAUUGUGGACUUCGCGUAGUUGAAAGAAAAUUGCAUUGAA